AUGGCUGAAUGUCACCGUAACAACAAUAUCGGAUCUCUCAUUCUCGACCGUGCUCCUACCUCUACUUCCGGCAACCAUUUCCGUCUCUGGUCCACCUUCUCUGGAUCCGCAUUCCGUCGGAAGAUCUUCGACGCCGUUAGCUGCGGCGGUAGCUCACGUUACCGUAACGAGCUCCGGGAAAAAGACGACGACGAGGGAAGCUACGUGACGACGGUAACGGAGAAAUCAGCGGCGAAGGUCGACGCGAAAUCCAAGACGAUCGGCGCGGCGUUGAAUGGCGUUGCGUUUGAGGAGAAAUCGAAGAAAUCGGAGAAGCUUUGCGAUCUGUUGAAUUUAGCGGAGGUUGAAGCUGAUUUCGAGACGAAGAAGAAAGAGGAAGCGCUCGAGAUUCUGAAGCGCGUGGUGAGAGAGCUACAGGAGGCGGCGGCGCGGGGUGACUGUGGGAAGAAAUUAGCGGCGGCGAGUGAGGUUCGGUUGAUGGCGAAGGAAGAUCCGGAGGCGAGAGUGACUCUGGCGAUGCUCGGUUCGAUUCCGCCGCUAGUUAGUAUGAUCGACGAUUCACGAAUCGCUGAUUCUCAGAUCGCUUCGCUUUAUGCUCUUCUCAAUCUAGGGAUUGGUAACGACGCGAAUAAAGCAGCCAUUGUUAAAGCAGGUGCUGUUCACAAAAUGUUGAAGUUAAUUGAGUCUCCAAACACACCUGAUCAAUCAAUUGCAGAAGCUGUGGUUGCUAAUUUUCUCGGAUUAAGCGCGUUAGAUUCGAACAAACCGAUCAUCGGUUCUUCGGGUGCGAUUAUCUUCCUUGUGAAAACUCUACAGAAUCUUGACGAAACAAGCAGCUCACAAGCGAGAGAAGACGCAUUGAGAGCUCUUUACAACCUCUCAAUCUAUCAACCAAACGUUUCGUUCGUCCUCGAAACCGAUUUAAUCACGUUUCUCUUGAACACAUUGGGAGAUAUGGAAGUUAGCGAGAGGAUUCUCGCCAUCUUGAGCAAUCUAGUGUCAGUCCCUGAAGGAAGAAAAGCAAUCGGUUUGGUCAACGAUGCAUUCCCGGUUUUAGUCGAUGUACUGAACUGGACUGAUUCGCCCGGAUGCCAAGAAAAGGCGACUUACAUUCUAAUGUUGAUGGCUCACAAAGGAUACGGAGAUCGACAAGCAAUGAUUGAAGCGGGAAUCGAAUCAUCGUUACUCGAAUUAACUCUUUUAGGAAGUGCAUUGGCUCAAAAGCGAGCUUCGAGGAUAUUAGAGUGUCUAAGAGUAGACAAAGGGAAGCAAGUCUUGGACAGUACGGGAUCUUGCGGAGCUUUGUCUGCGCCUAUCUAUGGAACUCGAGGCAACGGUUUAGACCACGAGGAAAGCGAUUUGAUGAUGAGCGAAGAGAGGAAAGCCGUGAAGCAAUUAGUGCAACAGAGUUUACAGAGUAAUAUGAAGAGAAUCGUAAAGAGAGCUAAUUUGCCACAAGACUUUGUUCCUUCAGAGCAUUUCAAGUCAUUUAGUUUAAGCUCUACUUCAAAGAGCCUCCCCUUUUGA